ACUGCUCCCUUCUCUGCUGACUCUCAGAAGCCCGGGAUCCUCCAGCUCCGAGAUGCUGCUUCCCCUGCUGCUGCUGUGGACAGGGAGGUGGGCCCAGGGAGCAGGGCCAUGGGGGCCUCAGAGAGCUGAUGGGCCUUUAGCCAGAGGGUGCUCAGCUGAGAGCCAGAGCUACAAGCUGGAAGUGCCACAGUCCAUGCCUGUGCAGGAGGGUCAGUGUGUCCUUGUGACCUGCAGAUUCUUCUACCCUUACAAGUACUCCCGGACUGGCUCUGUCUCUGGCUACUGGUUUCGAGAAGGGGCCAAUACAAAUACGGACUCCCCAGUGGCCACAAACGACCCACAAAAACCAGUGCAGGAGGGAACUCGGGACCGGUUCCACCUCCUCCUGGACCCACAGACCAGGAACUGCUCCCUGCAAAUCAGAGAUGCUCGGAGGGGCGACAGUGGUUCAUACUUCUUUCGGGUGGAGGCAGGAAAUGUACUAUGGAAUUACUGUGCACACCCGGUCUCUGUGGAAGUGACAGCCCUGACCCACACCCCCGGCAUCCUCAUCCCCGGCACCCUGCAGCCUGGCCGCCCCAGCAACCUGACCUGCUCUGUGCCCUGGGCCUGUGAGCAGGGGACGCCCCCCAUCUUCUCCUGGACGUCAGCUGCCCUCAGCUCCCUGGGCCCCAGGACCCCCCGCUCCUCUGUGCUCACCCUCAGCCCCCGGCCCCAGGACCACGGCACCAACCUCACCUGUCAGGUGAUGUUCCCUGGAGCCGGUGUGACCGUGGAGAGGACCGUGCAGCUCAACGUCACCGGGAAUCACAGGACAAGAGCAACAGCAGGAGUGGUUUUGGGGGCCAUCGGGGGAGCCGGUGUCACAGCCCUGCUCGCUGUCUGUCUCUGUGUCAUCGUCUUCGUAGUGAAGACCCUCAGGAAGAAAGCUCCCAGGAUUACAGAGGACAUGAAUGACAUCGAUCCUGCCACCAGGCCAGCCUCACUGGGUCACCCGCCAGAGUCCCAGCUGCAAGGCUCUGCUGAGCCCUGGGGUUCCUCGGGGGCGCCCCCCGCCUCAGGGGAGGAGGAGCAGCUGCACUAUGCCUCCCUCAGCUUCCACCCCUGGAAGAAAUCCUCCACGCCAAUCAGGAUCCACUGACAACUUUCUUGAUCCACUGACAACUUUCGGGAACACCAGGCUCAGCCAGAUUCAGCCUCUGGGGGACACCAAGUUGCUUCAGUGAGAUUUAACAUCCCCCGAGGCUUUGAGUUUGUAAACUGCCGCAGCGAGUUUCCUUCGACUUGGAAAUGACCUCAGACGGCAAUGAGAAAGCUGGGAUGCAGUUGUUGUCUAAGAAGAGUCCUCAUGGGGGAGAGCUGGGUCACCCCAGCGCGUCUCAGUUUCCUGCUCUGUGAGUGGAGCAAGGAGCUCUGGUUCUCAAGGCUGUGGCGAGGAUUCAGUAAAGCACACGAGGAAGACCCCAGCAGAAGUCCUGGUGUGUACCGAGGGCACCCUGCUUCCUCGCUUUGGCCAUGGAGUCCAGAGCCCCGGGCUGCCCGGUCCUGGAAACUGUCAGCAGCCAGUCAGCGCCACUGGGAAGCCUUUCCCUGACUUGACCUCCCCUCCUGCGUCAUUUCUGUCUCCACUCCUCAAGUCUGCUCUUCUUUUCAUCUCACUUCUCUCUCACUCUGACUUUCCAUCCCUUUGUGUCCUGCUACGGGCAUGGUCAUGUUAGCAUCUGACACUUUCUUAAACUCAGAGAUGACCAUCGUCAGAAUAUAUCACUAGCUCCCCAGUCCAGAAAGGACAAUUGAUAAGAUUUUCAUCGUGACCUUCUAGGCCAAAGAUUAAACAUCUUUGUAAAGGG